AUGUCGUGCCAUAUCGUAUGAUGCUUGGUCAUCACCCCCUUACCAGACAGCAAAGGUAUAUCAGCUCAUACAAUGGCCCCAAACGGCAAGGCCUACGUUGCAAAGCCAGAUGCACCGGAGCCGCUUUUCCAUUAUCCGGAGGCUCGUUUCGCGCCAGAAACGCCGCAUCGUGUGCUGUACGUUUCCGGCAUCGCUUGCAACAGGCCAGAUGGUACAUGGCCUGGUGUCACGGAGAAUAAGGAUGGAACUCUAACCCUCGAUAUCCGCCAACAGACAGCUGCCGCACUAGACAACAUCGACACUAUCAUCAAGUCUGCAACAGGAGGCAAGGGGAGCAUCAAGAACCUCAUCGAAGCUACCGUCUUCAUCUUGGAUAGAGAUUCGGACUAUGUGGGCAUGAACGAGGCAUGGAAUAAAGUCUUCCCUACACGAGCUGACGGUCCAGCUAGAGCAACGAUUGGGGUAAAGGAGUUGCCAGAUCCUCGUAUGAUCGUGGAGAUCAAGGCCAGUGCAGUAGUCGAGCUGUGAACAUGAACGAGCUCCAACCUUACAGCAAUAUGGUCAUUCUUCAACUCGACAGAUCGAAACCACUUACGCGCAAAUGACAACGGUAUAAAGUACUAGCGAUCAACCAAUGGAAUCUUUCACACGCUCAGUCGGCCAAGUAACUCGGGAAGCGUGUCUCAUUGUCAUUCAUUAUCUACAUGAGGCCUCAAUUUAGAUUCUAUAGUUCUUACUGCGAGUCGAGCUCCAGAGUUCACUGUCAAUGAGUUCUAC